AAAAAAUGGCUUCUUCUUCAGUGAAUUUCUCUGAUGAACAAGUUGCUGUGCUGGAGGCAUUUUAUGCCCACUGCCAAUCCCCCUCUGCUUCUCAGAGGCAACAGAUCAAGCUGGGCAAUGGCAUGCUGUUCAAUGGUGUGGAUGAUGCUCAGAUUCAUGCUUGGUUUAGAAUCCGCAGGAACUGUGACAUGAUGACAAGGGAGGUUCUGAUUGCUAACAAGAAUAUGCUGAUGGAGGAGAACGUGAGGCUGAAGCAGGACGUGGCGGAGCUGAUGCAUGAGAACGACGUCUUACGUCGUAACCGCUCUAAGAUCCAUGCACGCAGGAACUGAGCGCUCUCUCUCUUGCUGGAGAGAGAAGAUGUGUUGUUCAAGACAUUAAUCUCUGAUGAUUUAUGUCUUGCUCUUUGUUGUUGUUGUUUGAGCCAGUUGUUGAGUCAGUUCAGUUGAGUCAGGUGUUGUUGGUGUCGUAACCCUUUGGGUUUUCGAUUUCUGGAAUAAGGAUCGAUGUUUGAGACGAUUUUGUGUAAUCGGAUCGAGCAUUCAUAUAUCCAUUGUCUGUCAUGUAUUGAGUCAAAUAGGGUCUGUUGUAAUGGUUUUCACCUGGAC